AUGCGGUCACUUCUGAUCUAUUCGGCUGUGCUAACAAUCACCAUUGCUGCUCCUCCACUCAUGCCAAUUGCAACCAGUAGCGGUCCAUGUGUGGACGGCGUCAACAACGUCUUCGACCUGGACAACGUCGGCAACGAAAGUACUGUGAUUGUCACUAAGAAAUUUGAUUUGGAGAAAUCUGGUGAUUUGCGGCUGACGUUGACAAAGGACUCUGUCUUAAUCGGCACUGUGUGCAAGGACGGUGUUUCCGAAACCUCGAUGGUCCCUUCUAGCGACUGCCACCAUAAAAUCUUCCCAGGACUUGACAAAAGUUUCGUGGACAUGAUCAGCAAUCCGGGUACCUAUGAUUUGCAAGAGGUAAAAUUUAACGAUUUUCUUAAUUCUUUCUUCACAUUCCUAUGGUCAUGGAAAUAA